GGCUCCCUUUCCCCGCCCUUGAGGCCCUGGUAAAGGGUACACAUUAUUUUUGUCCAUCUAUAACGAGAUGUGUUUUGAAAAUCUGCUACCGGUGCAGUAGGUAGCCUAGUAGUCUCUGAGAACUCUGGUAGAACUGGGCGGGAUUUUCUGGGCUACUAAGUGUCCAUCAAGUCCAGCAAACGAAUGUGAUAACAAGCCACAAUGCCGCAUUAGUUGCACAUCCUCCUUUGGUAUUGAGUUCAGGAUCAGAAACAACGCAACGUCUUCUCUCGCUUUGCAUAGGCCUACUCAGUCUUAUCCUGGAGCGGGAGUGAAGUCUGUGAGAAUGGCGGAGGAUAAUGUAGAGGGAAAGGCCGUUUGCACUGACCGGUCUCCACAGCAGGAGCAGUGCAUGAAGCUGAAGAAGGAAAUCUCCCUGCUGAACGGCGUCAGUCUGAUCGUGGGGAACAUGAUCGGGUCCGGCAUCUUUGUCUCCCCCAAGGGCGUGCUGAUACACAGCGCCUCCUAUGGGCUGUCGCUGGUCAUAUGGGCCAUCGGGGGCUUCUUCUCCGUGAUCGGAGCCCUGUGUUACGCCGAGCUGGGCACCACCAUCACGAAGUCCGGCGCCAGCUACGCUUACAUCCUGGAGUCGUUUGGCGGCUUCGUCGCCUUCAUCCGGCUGUGGACGUCUCUGUUGAUCAUCGAGCCCACCAGCCAGGCGGUCAUCGCCAUCACCUUCGCUAACUACUUGGUGCAGCCCCUCUUUCCUACUUGCGAGCCGCCCUACUCCGCGUGCCGCCUAAUCGCUGCUGCCUGCAUCUGUCUCCUUACGUUCAUUAAUUCAGCUUAUGUGAAGUGGGGCACCCGAGUCCAGGACGUCUUUACCUACGCCAAGGUCCUUGCCCUGAUCAUGAUCAUCAUCACAGGCAUAGUGAAGCUGGGUCAAGGGUACACAGCAAAUUUUGAGGAAUCAUUCCAGGGCUCCACACGUAACCCUGGCAACAUCGCUCUGGCUCUUUAUUCCGCUCUCUUCUCCUACUCUGGCUGGGACACCCUCAACUUUGUGACCGAAGAAAUCGAAAACCCUGAGAGGAACCUUCCGCUGUCCAUCGCAAUCUCCAUGCCAAUCGUCACUGUCAUCUACAUCCUGACCAACGUGGCCUAUUACACAGUGCUGGACAUGAGCUCCAUCCUCGCCAGCGAUGCCGUCGCAGUGACGUUUGCAGACCACACCCUUGGCGUGAUGAGCUGGACCAUCCCCAUCGCCGUGGCUCUCUCCUGCUACGGGGGCCUCAACGCGUCUGUUAUCGCUGCCUCUAGGUUGUUCUUUGUGGGUUCCCGUGAAGGACAACUGCCAGACGCCCUGUCCAUGAUUCACGUGGAGCGAUUCACUCCAAUUCCUGCUCUCCUCUUCAACUGUGCCAUGACAUUAGUCUACCUGACUGUGGAGGAUGUUUUCCAGCUGAUAAACUACUACAGUUUCAGCUACUGGUGUUUUGUUGGGCUGUCUAUCGCGGGACAGAUCUACUUACGGUGGAAGGAACCGGAUCGUCCCAGGCCUCUCAAACUGACUCUGCUGUACCCCAUUGUGUUCUGUCUCUGCACCGUGUUCCUGGUGGCCGUGCCCCUCUACAGUGACACCAUCAGCUCCGUCAUAGGCAUCAGCAUUGCCCUCUCUGGGGUCCCUGUCUACUUCCUGGGGAUCCACCUUCCAGUAUCCAAGCGACCGCCAGUUAUCAGCAAGCUGCUGUGUUGGGUCAAUCGGAUCACCCAGUUCACCUGCUUCUGCGUGUUGACUGAAAUGGACACUGGUGACUAGCCCUGCCCCCUGGAAUGUCUUCAUCUGAGUUACCCAGGAGUCUUUAUGCUUCACAGUCUCUUCAAGACACUACACAUGUAUUUCCUACUGGCUUCCACUGCCUUCUAAAAACUGCUAUUUGCAUACAAAGUAUAGUACAGGUAGGAUGCAAAAACACACCUGGGAAAAGGAUGGACAAAAAUAUAUGCAAAUUAGAGGCUACAACACAGGUGUGGCUCACCAUUAAUUAAGCAUUCAUUCAUUCUGAAGAGACCUGGCUACCUGGUUGUGGUUAAUGUUUGGUGAGAGGUUCAUUGACCAAGACAACUGAACUUACUGAUGGUUCAAAAGCAAUGGUGUCUAAAGUGAUGUCAUCAUGGAGCUCCAAGGAAAGGGCAUUGUCAGCAACAGGCAACACUGGGCAGUAGCACAUAUUCCAGGACAAUGAUGUCUGUGCAUUUCCUGGAAGUGCAUGGCAAAACAGAUAAGUGCCUGACUGUGAAUUUCAGCCUAGCUAAGAACAGCCAGCUUCAUCAAAAUCAGCGGUAUUUCAACACUCUUUUUAAUGACUU